UACUGUCCUCAGCACUGUCUGUGAAAAGACUUUUGACACGACUCGAAAAGCGUGCCCUUGGCACAUCAUGUACAUUGCAUCGGAGAUGUACCUUACUCCUGUAUAUUUGACCAACUUUGUAGAUAUGAGUCUAAUAUGAGUAUAUGAGUCUUAUAUUCAUAAUCCAUGAAGAUUGUCAUGUUAUUUCCUACAGUCACCUACGGUAGAGCGGCGAUUCAUCAGUGCAAAACGCCACACCGGUGGCCACUCCGUAGCCACCACAUCUACAACACCCUGUUAGUGACUAGACAAACCCUACGACCAACUCUACAUCAACCAUGCAGCAAGUCUACACCCACGAAGGACCCUACGAGUCAAUCCCCCUGACGGCACCGCCAGGCCUCCAGUUCCUCAGACACUUCCUCCCAGCCCUGGACUCCCUCGAUCCAAACGCAAACCCCGUCUCCCCCUUCAUCCACCCGGACGCCCGAGUCUUCGUCGGCAGCGGGCCCCCCAACAGAGGCACAGACGUCGUCGGCCUCCUAAACGUCCGCCAGCGACAUAUCCAGCACUUCCACCACGAGGUACACAAGGCGUGGGAUAUUGCACGGACGGAUACGGGGAACGGUCGCGGUCCCCGAACGGUGAUGUUCGAGGCGACGAGCGGUACCGUCUUCCGUAAUGACCCGGAUGAGUUCGAGGUGCGGGUGAGGGAGUUUAACAUCCUCGAGCUGGAGAGGGCAGGCUCUCAGUCCGACGGCGAUGACGAGGGUAAGGGUGGUUUUGUCGCGGUCGAGAUGCGGACGUACAUGGAUGCUCGGCCUGUGCAGGAUCAGGCGGCGCGGUUGCAGCGCGAGUCGGCGUAUGGGGAGGCGAAGUCGACGGGGUGAUUUGGUGUUCAGUCUUCAAUAUUUGGCGCUGUGC